AUGUUCAGGCGCAUUUCUGGGCGGUGGACCUGCUUUAAUAUUGACACCAGACAUGCAAAAAUCAUCAAGGGUUCGAAGGAGGCUCAGUUUGGAUAUACGGUUCAACAACACGAGGCAGACGGGCAGAAAUGGCUCCUGGUUGGAGCUCCCUUUGAGAGCAGCGGUGAACACCAGACAGGUGAUGUCUACAGAUGUCCACUAGACGGCAAACCCGCCACAAACUGCACGCGACUGCAUUUAGAAAAGGUAUCCCUGAACAACGUGUUUGAACGCAAAGAGAAAAUGAGGUUGGGAAUGACUCUCACCUCCAACCCAAAAGACAACAGCUUUGUGGCAUGUGGGCCGCUGUGGUCGUACGAGUGUGGAAGUUCCUACUACAGCACAGGCAUCUGUUCAAGAGUCAACAGCAGCUUCGACUUCACACACAGCAUCGCUCCAGCCUUUCAAAGAUGCGAGACCUACAUGGACAUAGUGAUUGUGUUAGAUGGAUCCAACUCCAUCUACCCCUGGUAUGAGGUUCAAGAUUUCCUGAUUAAUGUGCUACAGAAGUUUUACGUCGGUCCAGGACAGAUCCAGGUUGGGGUGGUCCAGUACGGUGCGAGAGUGGUGAACGAGUUUCGGCUGGAUGAUUUCCGUACGGUUGAGGAGGUUGUAGCGGCAGCUAAGAAUAUCGACCAGCGAGGCGGCGAGGAAACACGCACGGCUCUCGCGAUCAGUGAGGCUCGAACACAAGCAUUCAAACACGGAGGUCGCCCAGACGCCAAGAAAGUCAUGAUUGUCAUCACUGAUGGAGAAUCACACGACAGCCCAAACCUACGGAAAGUCGUGGAGGAAAGUGAGAAGGAUAAUAUCACCUUGUAUGGUAUUGCGGUUCUUGGCUACUAUAAUCGGCGAGGGAUCAAUCCUGAAGCUUUUCUGAGGGAAAUCAAGUUCAUCGCCACCGAUCCUGAGGAGCACUUCUUCAGCGUCACUGAUGAGUCUGCACUCAAGGAUAUCGUCGAUGCUCUGGGAGAGAAGAUCUUCAGCUUGGAAGGCACCAACCAGAACGGUACGGCCUUUGGUCUGCAGAUGUCUCAAGCUGGAUUCUCCUCACAUAUCGUAGAGGAUGGUAUUCUGGUCGGUGCCGUUGGGGCAUAUGACUGGAACGGAGCUGUUCUGAAAGAGACCCGUCAUGGUAAAGUCAUCCCACCCAAGUCCUCGUACAUGAAAGAGUUCCCAGAGGAACUGAAGAACCAUGGAGCAUAUCUGGGGUACAUGGUGUCAUCAGUCGUCUCGGCUCAGCACGGUCAGCUGUAUGUCGCUGGAGCUCCUCGAUUCAACCACACGGGGAAAGUUGUCAUCUUUACGCUGACCAACAGCGGCAACCUCACCAUACUGUACUCACUCUACGGACAGCAGAUCGGAUCGUAUUAUGGAAGUGAGCUGGCACCGAUUGAUCUGGAUGACGAUGGAUUGACGGAUCUUUUCCUUGUCGGAGCUCCCAUGUACUUCUUCAAAGGGUGGGAGAAAGGCAGAGUUUACAUCUACACCAUCACCUUACAGGGCUCUUUUAUACCAGAUGGGACUCUUGGACCAUCAGAAAAGACCCAUGAUUCUCGGUUUGGCGCGGCCAUGUCCACUCUUCCGGACUUGAAUGGCGACGGCUUCAGUGAGCUGGUAGUGGGUGCACCACUGGAGGACAAUCACAAGGGAGCCAUCUAUCUCUUCUACGGCCAACAAAACAGCAUCCAACCCAAAUACAAACAGAGAAUAGCCGCUGGUGACAUCUCUCCAGGCCUCCGUUAUUUUGGCCGCAGUGUGCAUGGGAUGAUGGAUUUGAAUGGAGAUGAGCUCAUAGAUCUGUCUGUGGGCGCUUUAGGCGCCGCAGUUCUGCUUUGCUUAGAUGUUGCUAUUGUUGACAUUGAGAUGUUGCUUUUCUGUUCAGCGCUGAGGUACAGCUUUGGUUUCGAGGAGAGCAGAUAUUUCCCCAGAGCCGUGUUGGACAGCACUGAAGAGCCGCAGCCCCAUGACGUCACCCUGCGGCCGGACUUGGAUUACUGCCAGCAAGUGUAUUUCCAUGUUCAUGAAGUGACCGAUUACACGCGACCCCUGAUCUUCAGUGUUACCGUAGGCCUGCAGAACGCAGAUGAAGGGCCGGUGCUGGACGACGGGUGGCCCACCAGUCUGCAGUCAAAGCUACCAUUCUGGAACGGUUGUGAUAAUGAUGAUCAGUGCAUUCCCAACCUCAUCCUGCAGAGCAGCUCUGACCUAUUAGAUCGCAGGCAGUUCUGCGGGCGACGCGAGCGCUCCUCGUGGCCGCCAUGUGUCCAUCAGAGAACGAGCAGCGAGCGUCUGGUGGAGGCCAGCCGGAGGAAAGUGCUGGUGGAGGCGCGUUUAGAGAACCGGGGAGAAAAUGCGUACGGCACGAUCCUACACAUCACGCAUUCUCCAAACCUCCAGUUCUCCAGUCUGGUGCUGAAGGCACCUUCAGACAUUGCAAUCGAGUGUCCAAACUCUGAUGAUAUGAGCCUCUACCGAACCUGCAACAUCAGCGUGCCGUUCAUGAGGUCCUUUGCUCAGGUGUUUUUCCGACUGGAGUUUGAGUUCAGCAGAUCUGUCUUCUUGAACUACGUCCAGAUCACUCUGAGGGUCUCCAGUGAAGGUCAAGAAAUGUCUCCAGAGGACAACAUCAAUGACAUAUAUCAUAAUCUGAAAUAUGAAGCUGAUAUUCUCUUCACAAGAGAUUCCAGCCCGUCCCGUUUUGAGAUCAGACCUGAGCUUGGCCAGAGCCUCCCUGUUGGGACCGGACCGCCCUUCAAUCUCUCUUAUCAGAUCCAAAAUCUCGGCAUGUUUCCCGUAUCUGAGCUUCUCUUCACGUUAAACGUCUUUGCUGUGACCAGAAAUGCAAACGCUCUCCUGCGCCUCUCAGACUUGGAUAUUGAUCAGACGGCUGGCUCACACUGCAACGCUCCACGUGUCAUUACCGCCGGCUCAUCCUCUCAGGAAGAUCUCUCCCUCAACCCACACAUGAAUGCAUCCACCAGCGACACGUUAUUAGCGCAGUGUAGAAUCAACCUGUUUCCCCAAGGAGACGUUAGCAUCACCGCGACAGGAUGGCUCAAUCUGCAUUCUUUAUUAGCUGUGAAAUUUAAACGCUUAGAUCUGGUAAUGACGGCUGUAGUUGAGUUGAGCCCUUCAAGUCCGAUGUUCCUCCACGAGGAACGACCCAUGAGACACAUAAUCCUGGAGAUUAGGAAGGAGGAAGAUUACCGGAUUCCCAUCUGGGUGAUUGUUGGGAGCACAUUGGGAGGACUGCAGCUUCUGGCCCUGCUUGUACUGGCCCUCUGGAAGCUUGGAUUCUUCAGCAGGCGAAAGAGGGAAGAGCAGGCGACCAAUGAGAAGACAGCAGAGGAUCGGUAAUGCCGCCGCAACCUCCUCAGCCAAUCACUCAGGGACUCUCCAGACACGGGUGUGUGUCAGCCAAUCAGCUCCUCUCGAGCACUGCCACGCCCUCCUGCAGUCCGAUGCAGAACCAAUCAGCUCGCUUCCCCUGGCCGUGCUGCCAAUUAAGACAGAAGAUGUGAAGAUGCGGUUUAUGAGGAAGAAAUUUCACGUAGUAUGAGACUUUGGAAACAGGUGGAAAGUCCUAGUCAACGGAAGAAAAAACACUAAUGAAGAGGCUUCGGGUUGAACCAUUUUGAGAGGUUUUGGUGCUGAUAAAUUUGUUGCAUUUCACGAAACAAACCUCAGAUUGUGGAACAGAAUCCUAAGACUUUUUUUGUUUGUUUGUUGCAGCGUAAAUUCAAGCGGUUGCACUUGCACAUUGUAAAGAAUUUUGAACUUGAACUGUGUAAAUAUU